AUGUCAAUACCCAAUUCAGACAUGUCUCAGAAUGGAAAUAUAAGGCAUGUUGAUGCCUUAUGUAGUGUGGCAGAAAUUGAAGAAAUUGAUUUUUCAAAGUUGUUAGACCGACCAAGCUUUCUGAAUAUGGAGAGAAAAAGAUCAUUUGAUGAAAGAACGUCAUUCAUUGGCACCCCUAGGUCACUGACUGGCUUUGAGCCACAUCCAAUGGUUGCUGAAGCCUGGGAAACUUUGAGGCGUUCGUUGGUGUUUUUCCGUGGUCAGCCAGUUGGGACAAUUGCUGCAACAGAUACCUCUGAAGAAAAACUUAACUAUGAUCAGGUGUUUGUCAGAGACUUUGUCCCUAGUGGAUUGGCUUUUUUGAUGAAUGGUGAACCUGAAAUAGUUAAAAAUUUUAUCUUGAAGACUCUGCGUCUUCAGUCAUGGGAGAAAAAGAUUGAUAGGUUCCAUCUUGGAGAAGGAGUAAUGCCAGCUAGUUUCAAAGUACUCCAUGAUCCAGUCAGGAACAGUGAGACUUUAAUAGCAGAUUUUGGCGAGAGUGCGAUAGGAAGAGUUGCUCCUGUUGAUUCUGGAUUUUGGUGGAUCAUAUUGCUUCGAGCAUACACAAAAUCCACUGGAGACUCUUCAUUGGCGGAACUUCCUGAAUGCCAGAAGGGUAUGCGGCUUAUUCUAAGUUUAUGUCUAUCGGAGGGGUUCGACACAUUUCCAACCCUUCUUUGUGCUGAUGGAUGCUGCAUGAUUGAUCGUAGAAUGGGUGUCUAUGGGUACCCCAUCGAAAUUCAGGCUCUUUUCUUCAUGGCUUUAAGAUGUGCUUUGCUGUUGCUUAAGCAAGAUGAUGAGGGGAAGGAGUUUGUAGAGCGCAUAGUAAAACGCCUUCAUGCCUUGAGCUAUCACAUGAGAAGUUACUUUUGGCUAGACUUUAAGCAGUUAAAUGACAUAUAUCGAUAUAAAACUGAAGAGUACUCACAUACAGCGGUCAACAAGUUCAAUGUGAUACCAGAUUCUCUUCCAGACUGGGUCUUUGAUUUUAUGCCAACUCGUGGUGGUUACUUUAUUGGGAAUGUCAGUCCCGCCAGAAUGGAUUUCCGUUGGUUUUGCUUGGGUAAUUGUAUAGCAAUUCUUUCAUCGUUGGCAACCCCCGAACAAUCCAUGGCAAUAAUGGAUCUCAUAGAAUCACGAUGGAAAGAAUUGGCAGGAGAAAUGCCACUAAAGGCUGCGACCCAAAAAAUACUAGAUGGAGCUACCACACGGAGGGUCUUGGCCAGUGCUGUUAUGGCUUCUCACUGCUGCAUGCAUCAAGACUGGCGGCCCCAGAUUGCUAGACGUGCCAUUGAACUUGCUGAGAGCAGGUUGCUGAAAGACAAUUGGCCUGAAUACUAUGAUGGGAAACUUGGUCGUUAUGUUGGGAAGCAGGCCCGAAAAUUCCAGACCUGGUCAGUUGCGGGGUACUUGGGUAGCAAAGAUGAUGUUGGAAGAUCCGUCUCAUUUGGGUAUGAUAGCGCUCGAGGAGACAGACAGAUGAAGCCGGUAAUGAAGAGAUCAAAUUCGUGGACUUGCUAA